AUGCACAUCAAGACCGGCGCCACUGUGCUCGCUUUGGCCGCAUCGGCAUCUGCAGCAGUCAGCAAAGUCUCGCGGCAAGGCAAAUUCCUCGUCGAUGCGAGCAAUCAGCGGUUCUACAUCAAGGGCGUAGCCUACCAGCCAGCUGGAGCAGUCAGCCAGAACACAGCGGAGAAUGAAGCGAAUGGCGGCUUCGCAGAGCCUAGCAGCUAUGUUGACCCUUUGAACAAUAUAACGGCCUGUCAGCGAGAUCUGCCCUACCUUCAGCAGCUCAACAUCAACACCGUCCGCGUCUACAAUCUCGACAGUACGGCGGAUCACAGCGCAUGCAUGAACCUGUUCAACGACAACUCGAUUUAUGUCAUUGCUGAUCUCGGCUUGCCGCUCAAUGGCUCCAUCAACCGUGCGGCGCCAAGCUGGGAUGUCGGGAUACAGCAGCAAUACAUCGAUACGAUCAACAACAUGGCAGGUUAUGAUAACUUGCUCGCAUUCGGCGUCGCGAACGAGGUCGUCACCGGCCCGACCAACACGGAUGCUGCGCCUCUCAUCAAAGCCGCAGUCCGAGACGUCAAAGCCUACCUGAUGAGCAUCGGCAGCUCGGCACUGACGACGUACAGCGCAACAGACGGCGACGACUGGAGCUUCGAUGUCGCGGCCUAUCUGACCUGCGGCGAGCAAAACACCAGCGUAGAUCUCUACGGUAUCAACAAUUACAGAGACUGCUCGACCGCUGGCGCAGAUCUAACAUUUGCCACUUCGGGCUAUCAGGUGCUCUAUAAUGCCUACGAAGACCUGGCAGUACCCGCCUACUUUAGCGAGUUUGGCUGCAUCACCGCCGGCACGCGCGACUGGUCCGAAGUCGCUCUGAUCUACAGCGAUCAGAUGACGCCCGUCUUCUCUGGUGGCUCUGCAUUCGAAUUCUUUGCAGACACGGACGGGUACGGGUUGACACAGAAUCUGUCGACGACCGGAGGUGCGAUUGUGACCGUCAGCGAUUUUGCAGCCCUUGGCGCCGCAUUUGCUGCAAACAAUGGCUCUUCAUCGACAAUUGGCCCCUCCACUGCCGUUUCGACUACUUGUCCUGCGGUCUCUGUCAAUUUCACCGCUUCCGCCGCUCUGCCGCCCACGCCCAAUGCAGCAGCUUGCGCUUGUUCGCUCGACAGCGCGUUCACUUGCAAGCCCAACGAAAAUCUGACCCCUGUAGCAAUCGGUGAACUCAUCAAUUACGCUUGCGCCAACCUGGGUACAUUUGCAACUUGCGAUGCUAUAGCGUCCAACGGCACGACGGGCGUCUACGGCCAGUUCUCGUCCUGCACGCCGCUCGAGAAGCUAGGCUAUGCCUUUACGGAAUACUACUUUGAACAGAACGGGGCUGCAGGGUCUUGCUCGUUCUCUGGUAAUGCAACGGUCAACUCUAGCGGCCCAAGCUCAGCAUCUGCUGUCAAUUCGACAGCGUCGACAUGCUUUGCAUCUGCGAGCGGUACAAGCACACCCACAUCCACAGGCACAACAUCAGCACUGGCCAGCACACGCACGAGUAGCUCUAGCACCGGCGGGGCUGCGCUAACACACACCGACAUCGGCAUCGUAGCCAUCACAACCCUCGGCAUCGUCACGGGUGGCUUCCUUGCACUCUUGUGA